ACAAGCUCUUUCUGACAUGAUUCCAUCAACGGUGAACGCGAUGGGAGUUCUGCUGAGCGAGUGACAGGAGGCAUGCGGUGCAUUUCGACGGAAAGGAACUUUAGAAAACUGUUUAGCCGCUGCUAUUGAUAGUGGCACCACUACAAAUUAGCUUUCUUGUUUUAUAUUGAAUUUAUAACUCGAGGUGCGGUUUAUGGUUUGCUGCUAGCUAGCGUUGGUUUGACUGGGCUACAUUCAUUUAAGUUUAUAACCGAAGGAACCGAGGCAGGAUGUACUAUGAAGAAAAAGCUAAUUCACACAAGCCACGUUAUGGAACCAUUCAGGACGAUGAGAGGAUCUCGGCGGAGGAGAUGGACGAGAGGAGACGACAGAACAUCGCCUACGAGUACCUCUGUCACCUGGAGGAGGCCAAACGGUGGAUGGAGGCGUGUGUAGAGGAGGAGCUGCCCCCCACCACAGAGCUAGAGGAGGGUCUGAGGAACGGAGUCUACCUUGGAAAACUGGCCAAGUUCUUCGCCCCCAAGAUGGUGUCUGAGAAGAAGAUCUACGACAGGGACCAGGCCCGCUACAAGCACACAGGACUUCACUUCAGACACACCGACAACACGGUGCAGUGGCUACGGGCCAUGGAAUCUGUAGGGCUGCCCAAGAUAUUCUAUCCCGAAACGACAGAUGUGUACGAUCGCAAAAACAUGCCCAAGGUAGUGUACUGCAUACACGCAUUAAGCUUAUACCUGUUCAAACUGGGCAUUGCACCACAGAUCCAGGACCUGCUGGGGAAAGUGGCCUUCACAGAGGAAGAGAUCAGUAACAUGCGGAGUGAGCUGGAGAAGUACGGCAUCCAGAUGCCAACCUUCAGUAAGAUAGGAGGCAUCCUGGCCAACGAGCUCUCAGUGGACGAGGCAGCCUUGCACGCUGCUGUGUUUGCCAUCAACGAGGCGGUGGAUAAGGGUGAGGCAGCGGUGACCAUGGGGGCGUUGAAGAACCCCAAUGCCAUGCUGAGGAACACUGGGGAAGAACUGGCCCAGGACUACCAGGUUACACUGAGCCGGGCCAAGGCUAGCAAGGAGGACCAGGCCUCAGGGAGGCGCUCAUCUGUAGCCACAGAGGAGAGAGAUGUUUAUGAGGAGCUGCUGACCCAGCAGGAGAUCCAGAGCUGCAUUGACCUUGUCAACACCCAGGUGGCGGUGCGGCAGGUGAACCAGGCCAUCUCUGCCCAGGACGAGGCUGUUCUGCUGGCUGGGCUCAGGGUGCCCGCUCUGGGAAUGCUGGGGGUCCAGGAGGCAAACUCCCACUGGUACCUGGAGCACUUAACCUCCUACUGCGAAAUCAAGGCUCGGGACACUGGAGGUGCAAUGAUGCUGCAGAGGGAGGAGAUUCAGAGGGUGGUCAGCUCGGCUAACGACUUUGCUGAGGCAGAGAAACGAAAACUGGAGGCCAUUGUAGCGAUCAAUGCGGCCAUUCGUCAUGGCGUAGCAGCAGAGACGGUGGAGGAGCUGAUGAACCCAGAGGCCCAGCUUCCUAUUGUCUACCAGACAGCUGCCAACCUCUACCAGACCGAACUGUUCAGCCUGCAGAUACAGGGGGCAAAGGCAGGACUGGGGCAUGAGGAGCUGUGUGUGGCAGUAGAGAUGCUGUCUGCGGUGGCCGUGCUCAACGAGGUCCUGGACACCAAGGACCCCCAGGCUGUUACUGAACAGCUAAAUGACUCUCCUCUGGGCUUCAGCAACAUGGAUCAGGACAACCUGCACAGGUAUGCAGACACUCUAAUCAGUCUCCGAGCCGAGAGCCUGUCCCAAGGCCUGGAGUUCCUCACCUGGAAUGAUGUUCAGAAGACCAUCGACACUGUCAACCUACAGGUCCACGAAGAACACGAGCGUAUUAUUGCUAUAGCUGAGAUCAACGAGGCGCUGAGCUCUGGGGAUCCUGAACAGACCCUCUCUGCUCUGCUCCUGCCCACGGCCAAACUGCAGGGGGUAAACCCAGCAACAGCGAAACACUACCAUGACGUCCUGCAGAACACCAAGCUACUCAUCUGUAAGAGCUCAGGGGAUGAGUCUGCUGUGCUGUGGCUCGACCAGAUUCAAGAAGGGAUACACACAGCCAACCAAGAUGAAGAGGAGGCUCUCGCAUUGGCAGGAGCUGUGGCGGACAUCAACAGGGAGGUGGCAGAGGGGGACUCCCAGACCACCCUACAGGCCCUCCAGUCUCCCCUGGCAGGGCUGAGAGGUGUUCUGUCUGAGUGUGCAGACACCUACCAGACACAGCUGGCCCAGCGCCAGGACCUCAACACUACCACUGCAGGCAGCAGUGACAGUGUGUGGGUGAGACACUGUAUCAAGGACAGUUAUGACUACUACUACAACCUGGAGAACAGAGAGGGGACCUGGGAGGAGCCAGAGGACUUCACACACAACAGCACACAGCUCCGCAGAGAGGAAAUACAGAGUGUGGUUGGAGGUGUGACAGCGGAGUAUAACAGGGAACAGUUAUGGUUGGCCAACGAGACCCUGGUAACCCAGCUACAGGCCAGGAUCAGAGGUUACCUGGUGAGAAGAGCUCACGCCCAGAGACUGGACUACCUGCUACAACAACAGCCACACGUGGUCCGACUACAGGCCUCCUGGAAGGGCUACAAACAGAGGAAGGUAUACAAAGAAAGACUCAACGUGUUUCAAAGCAACGUGGGGACUGUCGUCAAGCUUCAGUCAUUUGUAAAGAUGUGGAGAGCUAAACGUAAAUACUCUCAAAGACUGCAGUAUUUCAUAGACCAUGAGAAAGAAAUAGUGAAGAUCCAAGCUUUCCUCAAGGCUAACAAAGCCAGAGACGACUACAGAACACUCACCGGGGCCCAGGACCCUCCUCUUUCGGUGGUGCGUAAGUUCGUCCACCUGCUGGAACAAAGCAGCCUGGACCUGCUGGAGGAACAGGAAGUGACACGGCUCAGGGAGGAAGUGGUCACGAAGAUCCGCUCCAAUCAGCAGAUGGAGAAAGACCUGAACCUGAUGGACAUUAAGAUCGGCUUACUGGUCAAGAACAGGAUCACCCUACAGGAUGUGGUGUCUCACAGUAAAAAGCUGAAGAAGAAGAGUAAAGAGGAGCUGGCUGCAGGGGACAGGCAGGGCAUCAAGGGCCUCAGCAAAGGCAAAAGGAAGAAACUAGAGGCCUACCAGCACCUCUUCUACCUGCUACAGACCAACCCUUCAUACCUGGCCAAGCUGAUCUUCCAGAUGCCACAGAACAAGUCCACUAAGUUCAUGGACACAGUGAUCUUCACCCUGUAUAACUACGCCUCCAACCAGAGGGAGGAGUACCUGCUUCUCAAACUCUUUAAGACCGCUCUGGAGGAGGAGAUCAAGUCCAAGGUGGACCAGAUCCAGGACAUCGUGACCGGGAACCCCACGGUCAUCAAGAUGGUGGUGAGCUUCAACCGUGGAGCCCGUGGUCACAACACGCUGAGGCAGCUGCUGGCGCCUGUUGUUAAGGAGAUCAUUGAGGACAAGGGCCUGGGCAUCAACACCAACCCUGUGGAUGUGUACAAGGCCUGGGUCAACCAGCUGGAGACCAACACUGGAGAGGCCAGUAAACUGCCCUACGAGGUGACCCCGGACCAGGCCAUGUCACACAAGGAGGUGCGCGCCAAGCUGGAGUCCUCCAGUCAGGCGCUGCGGACGGCCACAGACAAAGUGCUCAACUCCAUUGUGUCGUCACUGGAUAACAUCCCCUAUGGCAUGAGAUACAUUGCAAAGGUCCUAAAGCAUUCCCUUCAUGAAAAGUUCCCUGACGCUACAGAGGAUGAGUUGUUGAAGAUUGUAGGCAACCUGCUGUACUACCGCUACAUGAACCCAGCCAUAGUGGCUCCGGACGGCUUCGACAUCAUCGACAUGUCAGCCGGAGGUCAGCUCCACUCUGACCAGCGUCGUAACCUGGGCUCCGUGGCCAAGAUGCUGCAGCAUGCCGCCGCCAACAAGCUGUUCGAGGGAGAGAAUGCCCACAUGACCUCCAUGAAUAACUACAUCUCCCAGACCUACCAGAAGUUCAGGGUGUUUUUCCAGGCGGCGUGUGAUGUCCCCGAGCCAGAGGAGAAGUUCAACGUGGAUGAGUACUCUGACAUGGUGACUCUGAGCAAGCCUGUCAUCUACAUCUCUAUAGAUGAGAUCAUCAACACACACUCGCUGGUGUUGGAGCACCUGGAGGCCAUCUCCCCCGACCACAACGACCUGUUGCAUGAGCUGCUGGAGGACCUGGGGGACGCGCCUGAUGUGGAGGCACUGCUGGGUGAAGGAGCCGUGGAUCCUAACCAUCCCAACAAGGAGAGCACCCUGAGUCAGCUGGCUAAGACGGAGAUCUCCCUCACACUCACCAGCAAGUUUGAGCUUCUGGAGGGAGAUGACAAGGACACGAAGGGCCUGAUGAUGAAGACUAAGAAGCUGAUAGUAGAUGUGAUCAGGAUCCAGCCAGGAGACACUCUCCCAGAGACCCUUGAGACCCCGGCCUCUGCCCUCCAGGAGUGUGAGCAUUCUAAGGUGGUGGCGCUGCGUGCGGUGCAGGACGCCCAGACCCCAGAGGGGCUGAAGAGCAGCCAGGCGGUGCUGGAGGACAGACAGCUGCCUCUAGAGCAGAAGAAGAGGAAGAUCCUCCGCAACCUCCGAACCCUGGAGCAGGCUGGCCUGGUCACCGCUAGCAACAUGUACCAGGACCUCAUCAACGACAUCGCCAAGGACAUUCGUUACCAGAGACGCUACAGACAGAGGAGGAAGGCGGAGCUGGUGAAGCUCCAGCAGGCACUGAGCGCGCUCAACUCCAAGACAGCCUUCUAUCAGGACCAGACCAACUACUACGACACUUACAUCAAGACCUGCCUCGACAACCUCAACAGGAAGAACACGCGGCGGUCCAUCAAGCUAGAAAGGAAGGUGGAGGAGAAGGGCAGUAAGAAGUGGAAGCAUCAGUCUCUGAAGUAUACGGCUGCCCGACUGCACGAGAAGGGCGUGAUCCUGGAGAUAGAGGGGCUGCAGACCAACCAGUUCAAAAAUGUAAUGUUUGACAUCUCUCCCAGUGAGGAAGUUGGGGACUUUGAGGUGAAGGCCAAGUUCAUGGGAGUUGAGAUGGAAAAAGUCCAACUCCAUUUCCAGGAUCUGCUCCAGCUGCAGUACGAGGGAGUGGCGGUGAUGAAGAUGUUUGACAAAGCCAAAGUCAACGUCAACCUGCUCAUCUUCCUCCUCAACAAGAAGUUCUAUGGAAAAUGAGGGAUUAUUGAACCAAAGAUGGAGGGGAAAAGAUUAAGUGGGUAUAGGUGUGAAAGGAUUGUGUGCCUUUUGCCAAAGCAACAAUUGGGAUAGGAUGUUUGAAUGGUGGUUAACGUGUUAUGUACGUCUGACUGGCCAUCCUCAGGCUGGUGAGCUAAACACACGCACGCACCUGCACGCACACACACCCUCAGGCUGGUGAGCCACACACACACACAUUUGAUUAAUCACUUUAUACCAAAAUGAAGCUCACAUUGAAAUGGGUUUGUUGCUUGUCAUUGUCAUGUUAUAUCUGUUGCUUAAUUAUUGUAUUUUUUUUUCAUGUUCAGUUUUCCACUGGGUAAUUAAUUGUACAUGGAAUAUAUUUUUCAGAAGUAUAUUAUAAUGGCAUUUACAUUUUAUAUGUAGAAGUUAUAUACAGUUAAUUCGGAAAGUAUUCAGACCCUUUGACUUUUUCCACAUUUUGUUACUUUACAGCCUUAUUGUAAAAUUGAUUAAAUACCACAUAAUGACAAAGCAAAAACAGGUUUUUAGACAUUUUUGCCAAUUUAUUAAAAAGAAAAAACUGAAAUAAUACUUACUAAAUUAUUCUGACCCUUUACUCAGUACUUUGUUGAAGCACCUUUGGCAGUGAUUACGGCCUCGAGUCUUCUUGGGUAUAACACUACAAGCUUGGCGCACCUGUAUUUGGGGAGUUUCUGCCAUUCUUCUCUGCAAAUCCUCUCAAGCUCUCAGGUUGGAUGGGAAGCGUCACUGCACAGCUAUUUUCAGGUCUCUCCAGAGAUGUUCGAUUGGGUUCAAGUCCGGGCCAUGGCUGGGCCACUCAAGGACUUUAAGAGACUUGUCCCGAAGCCACUCCUGCGAUGUCUUGACUGUGCUUAGGGUCCUUAUCCUGUUGGAAGGUGACCCUUCACCCCAGUCUGAGGUCCUGAGCGCGCUGGAGCAGGUUUUCAUCAAUGAUCUCUCUGUACUUUGCUCUGUUAAUCUUUCUCUUGAUCCUGACUAGCCUCUCUGUCCCUGCCGCUGAAAAAUAUCCCCACCGCAUGAUGCUGCCACCACCAUGCUUCACCAUAGGGAUGGUUGCCAGGUUUCCUCCAGACGUGACACUUGGCAUUCAGGCAUAGAGUUCAAUCUUGAUGUCAUCAGACCAGAGAAUCUUGUUUCUCAUGUAAGUAAGUGCCUUUUGGCAAACUCCAAGCGGGCUGUCAUACCUUUUACUUAGAAGUGGCUUUUUUUCUGGCCACUACCAUAAAGGCCUGAUUGGUGGAGUGCUGCAGAGAUGGUUGUCUUUCUGGAAUGCUCUCCCAUCUCCACAGAGGACCUCUGGAGCUAUGUCAGAGUGACCAUCGAGUUCUUGGUCACCUCCCUGACAAAGGCCUUUCUCCCCCGAUUACUCAGUUUGGCUGGGCAGCCAGCUCUAGGAAGAGUCUUGGUGGUUCCAAAACUUUUUCCAUUUAAGAAUGAUGGAGGCCACUAUUCUUCAGGACCUUCAAUGCUGCAGACCUUUUUUGGUACCCUUCCCCAGAUCUGUGCCUUGGCCCAAUCCCCUCGGAGCUCUACGGACAAUUUCGUCAACCUCAUUGCUUGGUUUUUGCUCUGACAUGCACUGUCAACUGUGGGACCUUUUAUAUAGACAGGUGUGUGCCUUUCCAAAGCAUGUCCAAUCAAUUGAAUUUACCAUAGGUGGACUCCCAAGUGGUAGAAACAUCUCAUGGAUGAUUAAUUGAAACAGGAUGCUCCUGAGCUCAAUUUCGAGUCUCAUAGCAAUGGAUCUGAAUACUUAUGUAAAUAAGGUAUUUAUGUUUUCUUAAAACCUGUUUGCUUUGUCAUUAUGGGGUAUUGUGUGUAGAUUGACGAGGAAAACAAUACAUUUUAUCCAUUUUAGACUUAACAAAAUUUGGAAAAAGUCCAGGGGUCUGAAUACAUUCCAAAUGCACUGUAAGUAAACACAUUGUUAUUGUCAAAAAAAACGUUUUUUUGUAAAAAAGAAUGUGUUUGGAAUUAGAUGUGUACAAUGCACUAUUGCCUAAUGGUCAGAAUGGGAGAUUAGACCACAACAUUCCUGUCCAGCUAUAGCCAGCAUGGAUUGAAGUACAGUAGUUAACCAGUGCCUUUUUAAUCUACAUACAGUAAAUUGGGAAGCUGUGUAUCUUUUAAAGACUAUUAAUGAAGUUAUUCUUCCUAGUUUCACUGCUUUUUAAAAAGAUUAUACUGUCAAGCAUAAAUAAAUAAUUUCAAAUGUUUUAAUGAGGUUAAAUCAAAAUAUCUGUGAUUUUUCUUGUUUGUUAUCAAAACUAACACAGUGCUAUAAGAAAAUGAUUUUAAAAUAAUUGUUUGGUCAUCAAAUAAAUAAUAAAGCCUGA